AUGUUCGGCAUUCCGAAGUUCUUUGGCUGGAGAGGCAGGUCUCUGAACCUGGCCAUCAGUUCUCUAGGCAGUCUUGAUUUCCUACUCUUCGGUUAUGACCAGGGUAUCACAGGUGGUCUCCUCGACCUUCCCUCCUUCAAUAAAUACUUCCCCCAAAUCAACCCCCUCGAAGAAGGUCUUGAUGCAGCCGCUCGAUCGCAGCGCAGCUUGAACCAAGGCAUUGCUGUCUCAGCGUACAAUCUGGGCUGCUUCUUUGGCGCUAUCCUGACUAUCUUUGUCGGAAACCCUCUCGGACGUCGACGCACUAUUUUCUGUGGCUGCGUUAUCAUGGCUACUGGUGCAAUCUUGCAAUGUACCGCAUAUCAUCUGCCUCAUUUCAUUGUUGGUCGCAUUAUCACCGGUAUUGGAAACGGCAUGAACACAAGUACUGUACCGACAUGGCAGUCCGAAUCGUCCAAAGCCCACGACCGUGGUAAGAUGGUUAUGAUCGAGGGUAUGCUGAUUACCGGAGGCAUCACGCUCAGUUACUGGAUCAAUUAUGGGUUCUCAUUCAUCCCCGAUCGCGAAGUCGCCUGGCGUUUCCCACUUGCUUUCCAGAUCAUCUUCGCUAUCAUCAUUUUCUGCUCGAUUCUCAACUUGCCCGAGUCUCCUCGAUGGCUGGUUAUGCAAGGCCGGGAUGACGAGGCUGUAGAGAUCCUCGAGUGUCUAAAUGAAAAGUCUCGCGAUGACCCUUACAUCAAGAACGAGCUUCUCGCCAUCCAAGAAACCGUCAAGGAAAUGAACAAGGGCUCCUACAGGAGUCUGUUCAAGAUGAGCGAGUAUCGAGAAUUCCAUCGUGUGGCACUCGCCUACGUCAACCAGAUGUUCCAGCAGAUUUCCGGAAUCAAUCUCAUCACCUACUACGCACCUUCCCUGUACGCACAGAUCGGUCUCGGAAGUGGCAAUCUCCCCAAGCUACUGGCGGCCUGUAAUGGCACGGAGUACCUGAUGGCAGCAUUCAUUCCUAUCUUCAUCAUCGAAAAAGCUGGCCGUCGCCCACUCAUGCUCUUCGGCGCUGCCGGCAUGGCAAUCUCAAUGGCUGUCCUCGCAGGAAGCAACUACCGCCUAGUCUACUUGAAUGACACGCGAGCCGGUAUCGCCCAGGCCGUCUUCCUCUUCAUGUUCAACACCUUCUUCGCCAUCGGCUGGCUCGGCAUGACAUGGCUGUACCCAGCAGAGAUUGUGCCGCUGCGAAUCCGUGCGCCGACCAACGCGCUGGCCACUAGUGCCAACUGGAUCUUCAACUUCAUGGUUGUCAUGAUCACGCCCGUUGCGUUCGAGAACAUUGGAUACAAGACCUAUGUGAUUUUCGCUGUGAUCAACGCGUUCAUGUUCCCCUGCGUUUACUUCUUCUUCCCGGAGACACGCUACCGCUCCCUCGAAGAGAUGGAUGCUAUCUUCAAGAAGUCGACAAACGUCUUCAACGCUGUUACUAUCUCCAUUAAGGAGCCAUAUCGCUAUGACAAGCACGGCGAGCUCAAGCCUGAGUACCUGGAGGAGCACCUGAACCUCCACCGCCAGACUGGCGAUGUACACGUCGCAGGUGCGAAGUUCGACAGCGAUGACAGUGCGACCAGUGCGAACGAGAUCAAGGCCUAA